AUUUCGGUGGAAACGGAAGCUUCGUAAUCGCCUAACAAGUACACUCGCCCACGUAGCCGCCCGCCUUGCACUGUCUCUGCUGGAUAAGGACCCGAGAGGGAUAAGUCCACUGAUUGAGCAAAACGAGCCCACCCUCAUCUUGAAGACUAAACCAGGACAAACGAUCCCGAACUAUUCCAAGUUCAAUUCUGAGUAGUAGUUUAUAAAUACCAAUAAAGCAAUAGGGAACUUCACAAGAAGUGCUUCCUCCAUCAGAGCUACUAAAGCUAUCAACAUGGCAGACCUAUUGCACAAGCUCAUGCAAGAAACACCCCAGCCACCAGCAUGACUUCUGAUGCUCCUCCUAUUCCCCCUCUCCCUCUUCGUUCUCCACUACGUGUUAACCGCGAAGACAAGAAGAAUAAAGCAGCAGCAGCAGCAGCAGCAGCAGCAGCAGGGCAACAACAGCGUCGACGUCCGGCCGCCUCCUUCGCCGCCGGCGCUGCCCAUCAUCGGCCACCUGCACCUGAUGGGAUCGCUCCCGCACGUCUGGCUCGGCAGCCUGGCCAGGAAGUACGGGCCCGACGUGAUGCUCCUCCGCCUGGGCACCGUGCCGACACUCGUUGUGUCGUCGCCGCGGGCGGCCGAGGCGGUGCUGCGCACGCACGACCACGUCUUCGCAUCGCGGCCAAGCACCGUGGUCGCCGACAUCAUCAUGUAUGGCUCCUCCGAUAUCGCCUUUGCGCCCUACGGCGAGUACUGGCGGCAGGCUAGGAAGCUCGUUGCCACCCACCUGUUGAGUGCGAAGAAGGUGCAGUCUUCCCGCGGUGCUGCCGCCGACGAGGUGAGCAUGGUUAUGUCCAAGAUCAGUGAGACAGCCGCCGCAGACCGUGCGGUGGACAUGAGCGAGCUGCUCUACACGUUCGCGAACGAUAUGGCAUGCCGUCUUGUCUCAGGUAAAUUCUUCCAGCAAGAAGGACGUAGCAAGAUAUUUCGAGACCUCAUCGGUGAUAGCUCACAGCUGCUAGGAGGGUUCAACAUGGAAGAAUACUUCCCAGCACUAUCUAGGGUAGGCCUACUUAGAAGGGCAGUUUGUGCCAAGGUCGAGAGAGUAAGGAAUAGAUGGGCUGAUCUGCUAGACAAGGUGAUAGAUGAUCAUAUGAACAAGGACAAGUCAAUGUUUGAUCAAAAAGAUGGAGAUUUCGUAGACACUUUGUUGUCCGUUCAACAUGAGUAUGAUCUCACAAGGGAACACAUGAAAGCUCUCCUUACCGAUAUGUUUUUCGGGGCAACAGACACAUCAUCGCAAACCCUCGAAUACACCUUGGCCGAGCUCAUGAGGAGGCCACACUUAAUGAGGAAACUGCAAGCCGAGGUGAGGAGUGCCGUGCCCCAAGGACGAGAAAUCAUCAAUGAAGUCGACCUUAGUAACAUGGCAUACCUCAGUGCUGUCAUAAAAGAGACGCUUCGAUUGCAUCCUAGCUCUCUUCUUGCUCCGCAUCACACCAUGGACGACUGCAACAUCGACGGAUAUAUGGUCCCUGCUGGGACACGUGUCUUUGUCAAUGUAUGGGCAAUUGGUAGGGACUCUAAAACCUGGGAGAAUGCGGAAGAGUACGUGCCUGAAAGGUUUAUAGAUGAUGCACAUGUCAACUUCAAGGGGAAUGAUUUUCAGUUCUUGCCAUUUGGGGCAGGAAGAAGGAUCUGCCCUGGGAUAAACCUCGCAAUUGCCAAUGUCGAGCUCAUGCUAGCUAACCUUAUGUAUCAUUUUGAUUGGGAGCUGCCCCUAGGGGUUGAGAGCAAGGAUAUUGAUAUGACAGAGAUAUUUGGGCUCACGGUGCGCCGCAAGGAAAAGCUACUCUUAAUUCCCAAAUUACGUGUGUAGCACAAUAUGCAUCUUAAGAUGCCUUGCUACGGGAAGCGAUCCACAUGGUGCUACUGAUAUACUGGGUGCUUUUGAUAUAUAGUUGCUAAUAAACCGUUGCCGACUUUUAGUUGUUUUAAUCGACUUCUACAAGUGUUUAGGUAUCAAAAUUGAGCCGACUUGAUGUAUAACCCACCACCUGGGUUUGAAUCUUUAUGAAUGCAAAACUAGAUUUUCUAUA